ACGUUGCCUUAUCUCCACAAUGCCUAAGAGGGAAUGCUUCUGGCCAAUAAACAGCUGUGGUAACUCGUGAUUCUUCUACUUUGUCAUAUAAGAUGGAGAUGUCCCACAAAGGCCAGGCCGUGCACACGGGUGGGGCAGCCAAGGGGCUGUGGAGCUGCCCUCGCGUGCCGCAGUACAGCAAGGAGACACUGGAGACGAUCAGAUUGAUGAUGCAGGAGGCGAAACUUUCUCACUUCAAGCAAAGACAGAUCAUCAGUCAGUUACAGAACGGGGGCGCUCUGCGGCUGCCCUGUAAGCCCACCUCAUCGGCAACUGGCGCUCACCCCAGAGCCAGUGCGAAGCAGGCCUGCGGAACGGCUGCCCGGCCGCAGAAAAGGAGCGCCGAAAUGUGCAGGGCUGGGGACAGCUACACGCGGGACAAGUUCCUCCCCAGUGCUACAAGGGAUCUAGAGAAGGAGAAGAGAAGGCUCCAGAACAUUUUUGCCACUGGCAAUGAGAAGUCGGACACCCCGCGGUCUCAUCACGUUCCGGAAGAGAGGGGAGACGAGGAGGAGACGGACAGAUUCCAAGAGGUCUUGGAUGAGAUAGAAGAGAGGAAGCAGUUUCUGGAGGAGAUGACAGCCCUUGGGAAGGGAAAGUACUACCAGAACAUCAUCACCACGGAGAUAUCGCAGAAAGUACGUGAGCUGGAAAUCAUUGACCGAGCCCGUUGCGCGGCGCUGAAGAUGCUCGUGGAGAGGGAGCAGAAGGUAGAAAAGUCGUCCGAGCACAGCUGACUCACUUCCACAGGGACCCGUUGGUGUAACGCGCACCGGCAGAAACAUGGUAUUGGACUAGCUAAACGUGCGUCAAUACUCACACGUUUUUAUCUACAGCUCUUCAUCUGUUGUUUGAUACACUUCUGUUGCAUCACUUUGGAGAAAAGCACCUUCUGAAUGAAUAAAUGUAACUGACCAUGUGCCUUAAACACUCCCAGCAAUAAAAUCCUGAGUACUGCCUACUGACACUUUCUCUGAAUAUGCCGUGUCCUUUUAUUAAGGAGUCAUUGUGUGACGGUAAUUUCACGUUCACGUUUCUCUUGAGCUGAGCUGGCCGAGAUGACGACUGUGGUAAGCCUUCUUUACCAGG